CUGGAACCGAAAGUGAAAAAGCCUUGUGUGUAAAUUUCCUAAACACAGGAUCUUUCAACUUGAUUGACAUUGUCGGUAUAGUGGAGUAAUUCUUAAGUGAAAUAUUACGAUCUUCCUAAACUAGUUUACUGGUGGCAAAGAUAGCUGGGCACCUUUUGCUUCACAGUUUUGCCUGGAUCCUUACAAGAGUAAAAAACUUGCCCUACCCCAACCUGUGUAAUUAUUGCCCCAGUGUUUGGGCUAUUGUGCAGUUACACUAUUUGGACUACGUACAGGCCUGUAUGAAGGAACUGGAUUCCACCCCCAAAGACCAUUCUUUUAUGAGUCUCUGCUGUUUCUGAAACUGAGAGUGACUAGAGUGCCUUUGGUGCCGGUGUCCUCCAGGCCUUCAGGAUGGCACCUUUGUAGCAAGGAGCACAGUAAAGUGGUUCCCGUGAUGAAGUGACAGAGCCUAAACUUGGAGAUUGGGAACCCAGAGGUACCCACCAAGCUGCCCAGCCUUUUCAGUUAGAUUGCACCAGUUUCAGGAGGAAAUGUGAGGAAUCAGGGUCAAGGAGCUAAGUAAGUAUCUUGACCACUUGAACCAGAUUAUUAAACGGGGAGCGGCGAUAAGAAUCCAGGGAAGAAACCCCACGUGGAAGCAGAAACUGGGGCAGCAUGGGGUCCUGCCACCGUUCACCUGGAGAGGCCCUUUUCAGAGCUCGCUCAGGGUUCUGUUUUAAGAAAGGAGGUAGCUCGACUGCUGAAAUCUUCUUGCCUUGAGGAUUUGUGUCAGAUCUGCUCUUGGCCACUAUGUGUAACUCAGUUCAGUUUUUCGUUUAACUCUUGUAUCUUAAAAACGCCAACAAAGGCAGAGACUUUUGUAAAUGUAGUGCAGGAAAUCUGUGAGGGGAUGGACACGGGACUUAGCAGGCAGUUAUGAGUCAGGAACUCAUCAAAGGCCUCAUAAUCAGGGAAAAGCAAGGCUUUGAAUUGGUUCGGUCAUGGCCCAGGAGACAGGAAAAAUUACAGGUGUCGAAGCCCUGUUAGAAACUUAAUCUCCUUGAAAACCAAAGGCAGCAUAUGGGUUGCAUGGCAACCAAAUAUCUUGCCCUUCGGAUUUUGCGCAGUAAGAAGCAGUGGUGCCUGGCUCAAAGAUGGUGGCUGACCAUGCUGCUUUGAAUGUGUCACUCUCCUCAUUCCUGGCAAUAACCCAUUCUCACAAAUCAGGCUCCUUAAAGGGUGCACUAUGCCACUUCUGAGUCUCCCAUUCCAGGGCUUUGACCCAUAAUUUUUUCUGUUCCACUUAUGGUUCUGGAUCACCUAAAUUUUAAAAAUUUGUUUCUCUUCCAGCGUUAAUUCCUUGGCCAUGACUGAACUGGGAAGAACUGGUUCGAAGCCCUGGGGAAAAGUAAAUGCGCAGCUAGGAGGGAAAAGCUGCGUUUUAGGUGUGCAGUGGCCUCAGGAGUUGGAAUCGACUCAAUGGCAACAGGGUUUCACGAACAAGGCCGUCACAUACGUUGUCCUCCUUUCACACACUGUGAAAUUGGCCUCGCUGCCUCCCCCUCCCACGUGUAUGCUAUAUCUGUCCAGGGUACACUUUUAAAGCAUUCAUCAGCUGAGGAUGUGCUGGGUCUUUUAAAUUUGACAAGAUCAAAGCUGCUGGAGAAUGGACAGCGAGGUACAGAGAGAUGGAAGGAUCUUGGAUUUGAUUGACGAUGCGUGGCGAGAAGACAAGCUGCCCUAUGAGGAUGUGGCGAUACCUCUGAAUGAGCUUCCCGAACCUGAACAAGACAAUGGUGGCACCACAGAAUCUGUUAAAGAACAAGAAAUGAAGUGGACAGACUUAGCCUUACAGUACCUCCAUGAGAACGUUCCACCCGUCGGAAACUGACACCUGGCUCCUUCUUCAUGGAUGCGUUUUUUUGUUUUGUUUUGUUUUUUGUUUUUUUUUUUAAUACAUAGGUACAAAUUUUUUUUUAAGUUUUCUAACUCAUAUCUUUUAGCGAUAAAUCAGCACUCAAAAAUGCAUAUCCACUUAGUUUGUGGAAGCAAAGUAAAUGUGAAAAUAUUCACCAGAAUGAGAAAGUGAUUGAGAUUUCUCAAGAAUAUUUGGCUUUUUGAGAAUAAAGCUCUUCAUUCACCAGCUUGCAUUUGAA